AAAAAAAAAAAACUGAAUAAUCAAUGGACUUGAAACUCGGAAGCUCAGUUGAAGCUUUGGAUGUAGCACUGACAGCUUGGCCAUUAUCAGUCGUGGACAUAGCGGUGACAGUUAAACAACCAACAGUCGGCGGACGGAUCUCGACACGUGCGCUCAGCGAACAUUGAACGACAGAAAAGACAGCGGUCUUGUGAUUGUGAAUAGGUAUAUUAAAACAAAAAAUUUAAAAUACAAAAGAAAAAAGUUAAAUAAAUAAAUGUGAAAAGCAAGUGGAGAGAAAAACAAAAGUGCAUAAAAGUGUGUAAAGAAGCAAAACAAAAUUUAUACAAUUACUUACUUUUAAGUAAAGUAGGAAGCAAUAUCGCGUGUCGUUUUGGGACUUUUUGCAAUAAUUUUACGUAUGCACAUAUAUGUAAAUACUAUAAUUAAGUACAAUAGAGUGGAAAGACCCGACAAAUGAUUUUGUAAACUGAUUUCGCAAAUGUUCGUAGGCGUGCUGAUGAAGCGGAGGUGUUAAAAACGCUGGAAGGAUACUUAAACUUCAAACCGAAUUCCUGCAUAGGAAAACAUCCUCAGACUGCACUUCAAACCAAAACUCAGGAUCUCUCUAUCUCUCUACAUACAUACAUAUGUAAGGAAGAGUAGAAGCAAUAUUAACAGCCAUUUGAACCGUCUAAUCAGGCAGUGUUAAGCCGUGUGAAGACCAAAAUAGUAAAUAGCCGGCAAGUUGCUGCUUCUACAACUCUGGUGCAUUCUAGUACUAACUAGCCCAGGCGUGACGAGACGAGAAAAGUUGGGAUAAGGCCAUAAAAAGUUGCAAAAUGUCACGGACAUUUUGGCCUUUGCGACCGGUAUUGCCGUUAUUAUUGUUGGCUUACUUAUUACUGAUAGUAAGCCCAAUAGCUGGUGACUCAUACGAUUUCCGCACGAUUCGACAAAAACGUUCCACUUUGGCUUACAGUCGAUCGCAAUCGGGACAAAUUAUGAAGACGGCAGAGGAUUUAAGCGACAAAUUGGAACGUAUUUUCAAGGUGGGUGAUAGCCCGGGACUUGUAUUGUUCAAUGACACAUCGCAACCGACAUUUAAAGUGCAAAGAUCACCCGACGGCAAACUGAGCGUGGUUUUUAACGAUUUUCUCAUUUUCCAGACGACAACGUCGGGCACACCAACGCAUAAUGACCACAACAGUAACGAUAGAAAUAUUUCACCCGUCAAGGAUAACGGUGCAAUCAUAUUUCCCGAUGAUGAAAUCAUUUGCCCUGAGCGACGGCAAGGUAAACCCUACUGCACAGAGGUGCCAAACUAUUUAGAGGCUACACAGCUGGAUAAAAUCAGCGCCGAGAAAUUUGACAAAUUUAGACCCUAUUUCAAAGAUGAUCUCGUACAGCCCCAAAAUGUAACGCAGCGCAUGAACUCAGAGCCGCUGGAAGAAUACUAUUGCUCGAGCACAUCGCACUUGAUAUAUCCGAAGAGUGCCGAAACGAAAGAAUCCAAAUGGCUGUUGGUUGUGCAACACGACGAACACAGGCAGGGCAUUUUGGUGGAACAGUGCGACAAUGAGGAAAAGCCAUGCCGUUUUGAGGAGUCAUUGCCACGCCACUACACCUCGAGGUGUAAACAACAUUUCGUUUUUAGAACAAUGAUUGUAUUGGUUAACGGCGAAAUGAUGGAGGAGCAGGUAAAAAUGCCCAAUUGCUGCAAAUGUGUACUUCGGAAUAAUGGCGCGCAACAUUAAAACUGAUUGAUACGAUUCAUGGAACACACACAAAAGUUAUGUGCAGCAUUUGAAAGUUCGACGUACGCGGAGCUUUUGAUGAAUACCCAGUAUGACCUCAAGAUAGUUGAAAAGUGCUAGUUUCACUGAGCGAAUUUGUAGAAUAAAAGAAAAAAUAAAAUGUACAUAUAAAAUGUAAACCAAGGUGCCAACAAAAAUUGUAAAUUUCUUAGGUUGUACGACUAUGUUAGACGAGGGAGUAGUUUGAUAGAUAAAAUUUAAAAACAAAAAUAUUUUAUUUAUUUUAUUGAGUAUUUAUAUGUGUUUUUGCAUUUAAGACAGAGCAGACUUUGUAUAACGUUUUUGUAAUUGUAAAUAAAUCUGUUAAUUAUUCACAGUAAAAUUUUAACUUAUAAUAUUUAUUUAAAUUUCAAUUAAUUAGUUUUUAUAAGAUAAGCAUACUAUUGUCACCUACAACUUAGUAAAAAUCGCAAUAAAAUUAAGUUCGGAAUACUAACUGAAGCACUAACCUAACGUUUUUCCAAAACCGCCCAUCGACCAGUUGCAAAACCGUCUAAAUCGCCACUGUGACAAAAAUGAGAUUUGGUAAGCUUGAA